GAUGAAAAGUCGUUCCAUUUUCACAUACGAUGUCCUGCUGAGAAAACAACCUAAUCGCUUGACUUCUUCAAUUGAAAGAUUAAAGGUCUUUAUUAACACAACAUCACCUUUAAAUGAGCUAGACGAUACCUACCUCAGCAUAGGACUAGAUACUGGUGUUGCUUCUCGUCAUUGGAACAAAGGAAAAUUUGAUUUUCGUUCAAAAAAACUACUUGACCUCUGUCAAGCAUUAUCUCCUGCCACUCUAAGAUUUGGCGGGAAUGCGGCAGAUACGCUUUUAUUCGAACCUAAUUCUUUUAUGAAAAGCGUGAAAAAUUUCAAUUUUUCAGGUGAAGACUUAACUAAACUGCAUACAUUUACCACUAAAGUUGGCUGGAAAUUGAUGUUUGAUUUGAAUGUUUUAAUUCGAAAUCAUUCAAAAUGGGAUGAUACAAAUACAAAGAAAAUGUUAGAUUUUAUGAUAAAAAAUCACCAAUUCCAACAUUUUGACUUUCAAUUAGGAAAUGAACCAAAUGCCUUUAAACAUACGUUUAACAUAAGUUUAUCUCCAGAAGAGUUAGCGAAUGAUUACUUAAAUUUAAUUUCUGUACUUCGAUCGCCAAUUUAUAGUAAAUAUUUUGAUAAAAGUUUAAUUGUUGGACCGGAAAUUACUCAACCAAAGAACAUUCGUGUUUUAUCCUAUUUGAAAAGUUAUUAUCUUAAUGGAAGAGAAGCAAAAAUGGAAGAUUUUCUAAAUGAAACAGUUAUGAACAAAUUAGAGGAAGAGAUAAAUAAUGUAAAAGUUCUAUUAAGAGAUUUAAAUAUUCAUAAACCAAUAUGGAUAACGGAAACGUCUUCUGCUUACGGUGGAGGAGCUCCUGGAUUAUCGGAUUCAUUUAUUGCCGGAUUUUUAUGGAUGGAAAAAUUAGGUAUGGCGGCAAAGCUGGGAGUAAAAAAACUUUUUCGACAAGCAAUAUACGGUGGUAACUAUGCCUUAUUGGAUAAGAAACUCAAUCCACUUCCCGAUUAUUGGUUAACCUUGCUAUUUAAGCGUCUGGUUGGGAGAAAAGUGUUUAAUGUUAAAUUAAACAAUGAAGAUGGCGUUAGAGCUUAUUGCCACUGUUCCAACAAAUUUGCUCAAAGAAAUUCCUUAACGCUCUUUGUGCAAAAUAUGAAGAAUUGUUCUGUUCUAUUAAGUGCGGAGUAUAGUUAUGGAACAUUCCAGCCUGAAAUAUCAGUAUAUUCCUUAACGGGGCACGGUCCUGAUGGACUGUUAUCCAAAAACGUCAAUUUAAAUGGAGUUAAGUUGGCUUUACUACAAAAUCGAUUACCUAAACUGCAACCAACUAUUUCUAGAUCUCCUAUUACACUACCUCCAUAUUCAUUUACAUUUUUACUACUUCAAAUGGAUACUAGACACAUAUUGGAUACUAAUAGCGUUGUUAAUAGAAUAGACGAUACAUUUCUAAGCGUUAAUAUAGACGGUGGAGCAGCAACAACAGAUUGGUAUUCGGGAGUUAUACAAUUUAGCUCGAAGAAAUUUCAACAAUUAUGCAAGAAUUUGGCUCCUGCAUCUUUUCGAUUCGGCGGAACGACAGCUGAUUAUCUAAAUUAUGGCGAUUAUCCGGAAACGCCGUACUCUUCAAAGAAUUUUACGAUUCUUGAUUAUGAUACAUUGUAUGAUUUUACUAAACUGGUUGGGUGGAAAUUGAUAUUUGGCGUCAACGCGUUAACAAGAACUUCAGACGGAAGGUGGGAUUCUUUAAAUACUAAGACAUUAUUAGAUUACAUAAAAUCUAGUAAUAAAAACGAUUUGGAUUUUGAAUUAGGAAACGAGCCGGACGUUUUUCCUCCUCAUCUAAACAUUACCGGAGCCAGAUUAGCGAAAGAUUUAGCCGUGUUUUACAGACUUAUACAUUCGUCAAGAUAUGGUAAUUAUUUUAAAGGAAGUAAAUUAUAUUCACCCGACGUUACUGGACCCUGGAUCAGUCCUAAUAAAUACUUAAAAGAGUACCUUUCGAAUAUACCAGUUGGAACGAAACUGGAUGCGAUAACAAUACAUCACUAUUAUUUGGACGGACGAAUAGCGAAAUUGGACGAUUUCUUGAAGAUAGACACGUACGAUAGGUUAACGAGAGGAUUACUUGACACAUUACGGGUAUUGAAGGAAACAGGCUAUGAAGAUACUCCCUUGUGGCUGGGUGAAACUUCAAGUGCUUUUAGUGGUGGAGCACCUGGUUUAUCUGAUGUUUAUGUAGCCUCAUUUUUCUGGCUAGACAAACUUGGCGUUGCUGCUAAAUUGGGUUUAAAGAAGGUGGCGAGACAGCAAAUGCUAGGUGGCCAUUACAGUUUGUUCGAUCAGCAAAUGAAUCCGAAUAUUGAUUAUUGGACUUCUGUUUUAUAUAAAAGAUUAGUUGGUAGUGCUGUUUUUAACACUUCAACUGUACCAUCGAAACCAGGAAUUAGGGCUUAUAGUCAUUGCUCGUCGAAAAAAUAUUGGAACUUUCCUCAGGGCUCUUUAACAUUCUACGCGGUUAAUAUAAAUAAUGAACCGAGCCAUAUACAUUUUGGAACAGAAUCGAAAGAAAUGCUAGUUUUCCAACUGACCUCUGCUAGUGAUCUUAAAUCGAAGUACGCAAAAUUAAAUGGAAAAAUAUUGAAAUAUGAUGGAAAGAUGCCCGAUUUAAAACCAGAGUUAAUAUAUGACUCGACUAUUAUUCUACCUCCGUAUUCGUUGACUUUUUCAGUAUUACCUGGUGCAAAUAUUGAUGCUUGCAAGACUUAA